ACAUUUUCUAGUGCGGACGCGUCGGACGCGCGCGUACUAACAAACAGACCAUUCUUUUGUUAGUGAUGAGUCGGUAACAUGUCAAGUGAGGGUUCAGUGACGUCCAGUGGGUCCCGUAUCCGACAGUUCGGGCUUUACAGGACGAUCGAUGCGAGGACCGAGGAGUUCCUCAGGUCUUCGAGGAAGCGGCAAAUACGGCAAGGAUGCGCGUGCGCAGCUAUAUCGACGGCUAUCACAGUUACUGUUGUUGUUGUAAUUCUACUAAUCUACGAAUACGCGAUUGCUGUAGAAUGGAGUUUAGUACAAAGCUUAAGAAGUGUAAACCGGACAGAUAACAGCGACCAACCGUUUGCCGACAGACUGGACCGAAGUUAUUUCGGCUUUGAUCAGGACUACUACCAACGAAUGCCGCUACUCAUCAACGCUUUACAAGAGAGCAGCUACUACGAUCCGACCUUAGAAACGUCUGGGCCUCUCGCCAAAAGAAAACGAUUUAAUGUAACAAUAAUAAAGUCAACGUCUAGACCAAUUUAUAAAACAAAUGCAGUCAGGAGAACGAGUCCGAGACCCUUCUACUUUGAAUACAGACACCCAACACCUCUUCCGUUUAGUAAAAACUAUGGAUCACGAACCUGGUUCGAAAAAUAUAGGAACGAGGAAAGGUUAAAAAACAUAAGACAAAUCAUAAAAUAUUUAGAGACCACAAUAAAUGCUAAAGUUGGCGAUAUGCACUCAAAACCAACAACAAACACACAAAUAGCUUUUACAGGGCUGUACAUAGAGCCUAUGUUGGAAAAUAAAGAUUCCAACAAGGAUGCCUCGUCAGAUUUACAGCAAGAGAGCUCAGAUAAUAUAAAUAAAUUUAAAUCUAAUCAUCUAGCAGAUCCACUCUUCAAUUUCAAACCAGAAAGUCCUGGAGAUGUAAAUCUGUUAGCUGAUGAAUUCUUAAGAUUCUCGCCCAUUCCGACCCCUAGUCUGAAAGAUAUGUCUAAAAAGUAUCCACUGUUCCGACAGAUUCCAUACCACAAGAGGAAUUGUCUUGGUAACACAUGUGAAGAAAGUUAUCAAAGUAAUACUAAGUUUCCACAGAGUUUUAGUGCAAUACAACCAACAACAGUCACACCUCCAGUUAGUACCACAAAAUCAUUCAGUGUAAUGCUAAACUUAUUUCCAUUUAAAAAAGAGGCACCGACAACUAAACAGUCUGUAGAUAGUAUAUAUUUAACGACAUCAAGACCUUUAAUACAAUUUAAAAGAAAAUCGAACAUGAUUAGACGUGUUUACACUCCAUAUAAAAGGCCAAGGUAUUUAAGUAAUUUAAUAAAUAAAGCAAAUAAAGUAGAGAAGAGCAAAGCAAAUGAAAGUAAGGCCAUUGAAACAGGAACACAAAUGAUAGUACACGUUAAAAUGUACGACUCUAAUGAAAACUUCGAUUCCAAGAACGAAUCAAAUUAUAAUGAACAUUCCACAGUGUUAUCUACACAGAUAAACCCAUACACAACGAAGGCUCCUAUAGAAUUGUCAACUUCACAAAUUGAAGAUUAUCACGCAGGUAGCUCGGGUUACAUACCUGUUGAAACGAGGUCAGAAACACAACCAUUGCCUAAAGUCACAACAAUGACUUCAUUUUUCGAUAUGAAUACUGAAUACCCUUGGCCAGCACCAACAGAAGUCUAUCAAUUCAACGCAAGAGACGCAAAAAUACCAGAUCAAUACUUGGAAAAACAAACGCAGACAAACACCCAACCGAUGGAAAUUAGUAGAAGAAGUUCGGGAGUGCAGAACACAGAUGGUUUUGAACAACCGAGCACGCUCAUAGUCAAGCUGAAAAAUGAAUUUGUGAGAACGACUACUGAACGUCCCGAAAAUAAAACAGCAACAGUCGAUGCUACUACGACCGUUUGGACGUAUGUGCCUCAAAUAAAUGGACAUUACAGAAGCAUAAACCAAAACUCCAAAAACGUUAAUACGUGGUUAGACUCAGACCCGGAAAACGAUAGGAAAAAGCGUUUAGAACAGUCUGUGACGGGUAUUAAUGACUAUGUACCGAAGUAUGUAGAAAUUAAAAGAAAUCAUACCCAGACGUCUUCAGAUGACGAGGUCACCGUUGAUGAGGACAAUGCUAAUGAUAGUAAUGUAGAAAAUAGAUCAUUGUGAUUGUAAAAUGUAAUCCCUCUUGUGAAUUAGUAGAAAUACUCUAAUUUAAGUGGUAAUUGUAAAUUAUAUAAGUAUUUAUUUUCUGUGUCCCACCGACUUUACUUCUUUCCCAUUGAUGUGUCUUGAGCUAUAUCACUUUGUGGGCACGUUUGUAAAUAAAUUAGAAGGACGA